GUUUAGUGAAGCCGUCCAUGCACAGUAUUAGAGAAGCAGCGAAAGCGAUCGGUUCUUAAUCAAUUUUAAGUUGACAUAAAAUUUUACUUCAUUUGUUGUUUUUUUACUUAAUUUUUUUCUUUUCGUUUUUUCUGUGGAUAAAAGUGAAAAUGCCAAUUGUUCAAACCGUCCUCGGUGCCAUCGAUCCCAAUCUAUUGGGUCGUACGCUCACACAUGAACAUCUUGGAGUGGAUUUCGAGGGUUUCUAUUGUGAACCACCAGAGGAGUUCAAAACCUAUUUGAAGCAAAAGAUCAGUCUCGAAACUGUGGGCUUUGUACGUCAGUAUCCCUAUUCAUCGCACGAAAACAUACACUUCUACGAUGGGGAGGCACGCGAUGCGGUUAAGAAAGAUAUUCAUUUGUAUAAGAAAUUCGGUGGCGGUGCGAUUGUGGAGAACAGUUCGCAUGGACUUAAACGUAACUUGGAACAUAUGGUGGAUGUGGCGAAGAGCACGGGCGUGCAUAUCAUUGCCGGUACCGGGCAUUAUGUGCAUAAUUUGCAGGAGAAAGAUCAUCUGAAUAUGACUGUAGAGCAAAUGACGGACUUGUAUUCGCGCGAAAUUAUCACUGGUGUUGAGGUGGAGGGUGUGGGCAUGGUGAAGUGUGGCUAUAUCGGUGAAGUGGGCAGCGUUUAUCCAUUGCAUGACUUUGAAAAGCACGCCAUACGUGCCACUGGAGAAAUACAAGAAGUGCUCGGCUGUGGUGUUUCCCUCCAUCCCGGUCGUGAUGCCGAGGCGCCUUUCGAAAUAAUGCGUCUCUAUUUGGAGGCGGGCGGUCGCGCCGAUAAAGCCAUUAUGUCGCAUGUGGAUCGCACUCUCUUGGAUAUCGAUCAAGUGCUGGAGUUCGCCAAGUUGGGCAGCUACAUACAGUACGAUCUCUUCGGCACUGAGUGUUCGUUCUAUCAAUUAAAUCCCGGGGUUGAUAUGCCUUCGGAUGGUCAGCGUAUUGCGAAUGUUUUGAAAUUGCUGGAGGAGGGUUUGGUGAAUAGGAUUUUAUUGUCUCAUGACAUACAUACGAAACAUCGUCUGACCUCCUAUGGCGGCCAUGGCUACCAUCAUGUUCACAUGAAUAUUUUGCCACGCAUGUUUGCCCGUGGUGUUUCCGUCGAGGAUGUCGAGCAGAUAACGGUGACGAACCCUGCAAACUGGUUGCAAUUUAAUAUUUAAGCAUUGAAAUGCAUUUCCAUCGAGCGAGUGAAAUGGUUUUUGUGCCUUUAAUCGUUAAAUUUUUGUUAUAUUCUUUUUUAAAUUUAAUUCGUUGUCAUCAAAUGAGUUGAUAUUUAUUAAAUAUAAAAUAUUAAAAAUAAAA